AUGAAUAAGAUUGUGUCAUCGCUGUUACUCUGCAAAUCAACUCCCGAUUUCAUUCUUUCUCCAUUGUGCGGCAAACGAAGUGCUAAAUCUUUGAGGAGUCCGGCCAAUUUGUUGAUCAUCAAUUUGUCUCUUUCCGACUGUCUAUUCUCGGCCACGGUGGGAUUUCCGCUGAAGACGAUCGCCGCAUUCAAUCAACGGUGGACCUGGGGGAAACUCGCUUGUGAAAUCUACGGUUUCCUGGGUGGAUUGUUCGGAUUUGUGUCUUUGUCUACCAUGGUCGCUAUCGCUCUUGAUCGUUAUUUCGUGAUCGUACAACCUGUACAAGCAUUGGCACGAAUGACAUACACUCGUGCCAUUGUGAUGCUAAUUGUCGUGUGGCUUUGGUCUCUUCUAUGGUCCGUACCCCCGUGGCUUGGGAUCGGGCGAUACAUCCCGGAAGGCUUUCAAACAUCGUGCACUUUUGACUAUUUGUCACACGAUUUGGAAAAUCUGUUGUUCAAUGCUGGGAUGUACAUCUUUGGAUUCUCCAUUCCUGUCCUCAUCAUUGUGUACUGUUACUAUCAAAUUGUGCGAGCAGUCCGUUUAAACGAACAACAAUUGAAGAAAAUGGCUCAAAAGUUGAACGCUGAUAAUCCAACGUCAAUGAAAUCGAGCGACAAAAAGGCCGACGUGGAAGCAGCCAAGACCUCGGUAAUUUUGGUCCUUUUGUACUUGAUGGCCUGGACUCCGUACGCUGUGGUCUGUCUCAUGGCCAUGAUUGGUCAGCUCCCCGCAAUGACUCCAUUUAUGGCUGAGUUACCGGUGUUUUUUGCGAAGGCCUCUGCCGUCUACAACCCCUUCGUGUACGCACUCCGUCAUCCCAAGUUCCGUGCAGAAUUGGAGAAACGUAUUCCCUUCUUGCUGUGUUGCUGUCCACCACCACAGAAGUCCGGACAACCAUCACAAGGUGCUACAGUGAGCAACGUGAAUCUGACCGCUACAGAGGCCGCCGAGAGCAGACCGGAGUGA